UCUCACUGUCCUGGGCACUCCUGCAACCUGCUCAGCAUCCAGGAUGGGAAACCCUGCUUCAAGGCUUGGUUGCCUUGGGGGGAGGAGGAACCGCUCGCGCCUCAGCCCCAGGACUCACACCAGCCCCAGAACCCGAGGGGAUCUCUCUCCGAGAUCCGAAGCUCCUCGCAGCCCGCUUCCGUCAGGGAUCCCCUGGGCCUGGUGGGGCUCCCGUGCUGUCCAGGUGACAGAGGUCACAGAGACGGUGGUGACAGAGACAGUAGUGACAGAAGCUGUGGAGAUGGGGCCCUGCAAGCCAAGAGGGCAGCCAGUCCAGGCGCCUCUAGCAGCCCUGGACACAGUGCGCAGCUGGCUGGAUGGCAUGGGGGAACUGCAGGCUUCACAAGGACCUUUGGCUGCAGAUGCCACCUUGGCUGCUUCUCAGCUGCGGGAGCAGGAGCUCCUCUUGCGGCUGCUAAGGGAGCGUGCGCCACAUGUGGAGCCAAGAUUACGAGAGGCCGGGAGCCCAUCAGAGCUGUGCACACAAUGGCACCGACUGGUACAGCAGGCAGAAACCAGGUGGAGGCUCCUGGAACAGCUUGUUCCAGCAGCACAGAGCUUUGAAACAGCCUGCAAGGCUCUGCUGGUGCGCCUGAGCUCGAGUGAACAGCUGCUGGCUGAGUUGUGGCUGGGGCCCAAGGGCCUUGAGGAGUCGUUGCUGUACCUCCAGGAGGUGUGUGAGGGGGUUGUGGCAAGCACCAGGGACCUGGAAAGGGUUUUGCAGACUGGCCAGAGGCUGGCAGAGCUUCUCAGUAGUGAUCAAGCUCGGCUUGUGCGACAGCAGCUGAAUCAGUUCCAGGAGCGUGUCAAGCUGACUGAAUCACAAGCCACCUGUGCCCGGCAGAAGCUACUAUUUACUCAAAGGACAGAGUCCUUCAAGCCCUUACCACCGGCAGGCCUGGAGGCCCAGCUUGAACUGGAAGGGUCUGCCUCAACCCCUCCAGAGCUCAAGGAUCUGAAGCAGCUGAGUGUCCAGCUGGUCCAGUUAGCAGAACGGCUUGAGCAGCUGGCUCAGUGGGCAGAGACUUCUAGUCAGGUAGCAGCACCCGCAGUGACCAUCUGGGAACAGAGCCUCUCAUCAGCCACGCUUCAGGCCGAUACGAAGCCGCUGGAAGGACACUGGUUAGAGACUCGAGAACAAGACGUUGGGCCGAAGGCCAUAUGGGAGCCGGCUGUGCAGAUCUCAUGUGGCCUGGCAGAUCAGGAAGCCAUUGAGAAGCUAAGGCCUGAGAGGGACUGGAACCCAAGUUUACAGGAGUUCCUGUGGGAACAGCAAACCCUGGCAGUGUCAUGGCUAGGAAGGAGAGGAGCUGCUGACUAUGGGAACACCUGCCACUUGGGCCUGCUGAUGGACCUGCAGGGCUGCCAGGCUGCCAUGUCUAGCCCCUCCUGCGAGAGGAUACACACCCUGGAAGGGGUACUGCUGCUUGUGGGCCACCUUGUAGAGAAGUUGGUCUUGUGCCCCCAUAGACUGAGCCAAGCAGAACCCUUGGGGAUCAAGGUGGUACAAGCCCAAAACUUGUUAGAGGAGAUGCCUCCGGCCCUCACCCCAAAGUACUGGACUCAAGCCCCAAGGGAGAUACUGGCUUUGAGGAGUCUUGACCAGGGGCUGCCUGGGGAUCUGGCAAGUAGAGCUAAGGCUUGCCUCCUGGGGAAGAUUCCAGAAGAACUGAGCUGGAGGCCAUGGUGGUCAGAGGUCAUGGAGAACUGGAGUCUUAGGAAGCCAGAACAUAGCAAGAGGAACCGGGACAAAAGGGACCAGUGGGAACGGCUGGAACAGGGCUACCAGGGACAGGACCCUGCAGAUAGCUUCCUGUCAGCUGAGGAGCAGGACAGCGUGGGACAAGGCUGGCCUAGCCAUAACUGGGGGAGACGUGGGCCUCUCCACAAGCUCUCCAUCACAUUCAAGCCAGGGCUCUCCAGUAGCCAGAAACAGCCCAAUAGUGUGGUCAGAGCAAGAAACCCGGAAGGGUCAAGUGCAUCAGGGGCCAGAGGCAGGCCCAAGGUCCAGGGAGCCUUGGCAGCUCGAGGAGCCAUGAUGGUUCGUGUUGGAGGUGGUUGGGCAGCUCUGGAUGAAUUUCUGGUCAAAAAUGACCCAGUCAGAGCAAAGGGGAGAACCAGCCAGAAGAUCCAUGAAAGGUUCCUGUGCUGGACUCCUAGUGUGCCAGCCCCUGAGGUCAUCACCCUGAGGCUCUGGACCUCCAUCCGAAUGGGCACUAGCAGACCCCUGUCUCUGAAGACAGGGCUGCCAAUUGUCAAAGACCGCAGAGACUCCAGCUCCUACAAGGUCAAAACCUCAGAGCAGUCCACUGAGGAGCUGUGAAGACUCCAAGAUCCAGAAGCUAGGGACAGGAAACCGUGGCAGAGCAUGGUCAGGGACUGAGCAGGAGCUGGAGCACACAGAGUGGGGUUGUGUUUCUCACCAGGCUGGCCUCGAACUCAGAAAUCUGCCUGCCUCUGCCUCCCAGGUGCUGGGAUCAAAGGCGUGCGCCGCCACUGUCCAGCAUGCCUCUCCCUCUCAGCAAUAAAGAGGAGUUUGGGGAACUGAAA